GCGGUUCGCGCUCCCGCACAGCCGCGCGGGGAACCCCCGUGGGGCUCGGGAUGAGCGUUUUGUUCAACCAACCGCCCCCCCCCGCCCGCGGGCCCGUCUGGGGUUACGGUGACCCAACCGUCCCCCGCCUCGGGCUACGGUGAGCGAACGGGUUUGGGCCCUUUGGAGAGCACGCUGUGAACGCCAGCUGGAUUGCAGUGCAGGAGCUGGAGAAGCUGGGCCUGCGGGAUGACGUGGAUCUGCACGUCUACGAGGUCCCUGUUGAAUACCAGACAGUGCAACGACUCAUUCCCGCCCUGUGGAAGAAGCACAGCCCCCAAGUGACUGGUGGUUCACGUGGGAGUGUCGGGCAUGGCCACGACCGUCACCCUGGAGAAGUGUGGCCACAACGUGGGUUACAAAGGGUUGGACAACUGUCGGUUCUGCCCGGGCUCCCAGUGCUGCGUGGAGGGUGGUCCAGAGUGCAUCGACUCCAUCAUUGACAUGGACACAGUUUGCAAGAGGGUCUCGGCGCUGGGGCUGGACGUGGCCGUCACCAUCUCCAAGGACGCCGGCAGGUACCUCUGUGACUUCACUUACUACACCUCCUUGUACCAGAGCCGUGGGAGGUCGGCGUUUGUCCACGUCCCUCCGCUGGGAAAACCUUAUUCCGCGGAACAGCUGGGCCGGGCCCUCCAGGCCAUCAUAGAGGAAAUGCUGGAUCUCUUGGAGCACUCCGAGGGCAAAAUCAACUGUCAGCACGAACACUGAGCGUGGGCAGGGAGGCCAUCCUGGUGUUGCACUUCCGAAAUUUUCCCCUGUUGCUGAAGUACUGGGGGGGAAAAAAAAAAAAACCACAAAACAAAAAAACAAAA